UGACAUCUCCCUCACUCUCUCUGUCCAGGAUUUUGAAGUGGAGAAUAAGGAAUUAUCGGACGAUGAGAUGGAGUUGGACCGGGACGAGACAGUGGGCUGGAGUACGGUGAAUCUGGAUGAGGAGAAGAAGCAGCCGGAGUUCUCAGCCACAUCCACCACUAUCCUGGAUGAGGAACCCAUCGUCAACUGCGGGCUGGCAGCUGCUUUGCAUCUCUGCAGGAACAAAGGUCUCCUCGACACCACGAUGCAGAAAGUCGCCCGAGUUCGUUCCUCAGCGAAGAGUCUCCCUUCGACAGUUUAUGCCAUUGAAGACAAGAUGUGAGUAACCCAUCGACAGGGUGUUGGCGUGG